UGAAGCACAGCCUGAUGACCCUCCCUCUUCUUCCUGCUCUUAAACACAGCACCUCCUCUCUGUCCACAUGUUUCCUCGUUCCCUCCCCUUCAGAUCUGCACUUUGAAGAUGGGUGUAACCAACAUGUGGUGACAUGUAAGAGCUGACAGGCUCCAUUCACUGCAGAAACACAUGUUGUUGAGAUCAGAGCUCAGACUAGUUUCAGUUAUAAGGAAGAGGAACUCACACAGUCACUGACACUGAGAGGAGAAAUGGCACAGAAAGGAGCUCAGCUGGACCGAGAAACCUUCUCUUGUUCCAUCUGUUUGGAUCUACUGAAGGAUCCGGUGACUACAACCUGUGGACACAGCUACUGCAGGAACUGUAUUAAAACCCACUUUGAUGAAGAGGACAGGAAGGGAAUCCACAGCUGCCCUCAGUGCAGGAAGACUUUCACACCGAGGACUGUCCUGGAGAAAAACGUCAUGUUUGCAGCUUUAGUGGAGCAGCUGAAGAAGACUGGACUCCAAGCUGCUCCAGCUGAUCACUGCUAUGCUGGACCUGAAGAUGUGGCCUGUGAUGUCUGCACUGGGAGGAAGCUGAAAGCCAUCAAGUCCUGUUUAUUCUGUCCAGCCUCUUACUGUGAGAAACACCUCCAACCUCACUAUGAUGCAGCUCCAUUAAAGAAACACAAGCUGGUGGCCCCCUCCAAGAAGCUCCAGGAGAACAUCUGCUCUCGUCAUGAUGAGGUGAUGAAGAUUUUCUGUCGUACUGAUCAGCAGAGUAUCUGUCAUCUCUGCUUGAUGGAUGAACAUAAAGGCCAUGAAAUAGUCCCAGCUGCAGCAGAAAGGACUGAGAAGCAGAAGGAGCUCGAGGUGAGACGACUAAACAUCCAGCAGAGAAUCCAGGAGCGAGAGAAAGAUGUGAAGCUGCUUCAACAGGAGGUGGAGGCCAUCAAUGGCUCUGCUGAUAAAGCAGUGGAGGACAGUGAGAAGAUGUUCACUGAGCUGAUCCGUCUCAUCCAGAAAAGAAGCUCUGAUGUGAAGCAGCAGGUCAGAUCCCAGCAGGAAACUGAAGUGAGUCGAGUCAAAAAGCUUCAGGAGAAGCUGGAGCAGGAGAUCGCUGAGCUGAAGAGGAAAGACAGCGAGCUGGAGCAGCUCUCACACACAGAGGAUCACAACCAGUUUCUACACAACUACCCCUCACUGUCAGCACUCAGUGAGUCUACACACUCAUCCAGCAUCAAUAUUCGUCCUCUGAGCUACUUUGAGGACGUGACAGCAGCUGUGUCAGAGACCAGAGAUAAACUACAGGACAUUCUGAGAGAGGAAUGGACAAACAUCUCACUGACAGUCACUGAAGAGGAUGUUUUACUGUCACCACCAGAGCCAAAGACCAGAGCUGGAUUCUUAAAAUAUUCACAGGAAAUCACACUGGAUCCAAACACAGCAAACAAAUAUCUGUUAUUAUCUGAAGGGAACAGAAAAGUAACAUUUAUGAAACAACAACAGUCUUAUUCUGAUCAUCCAGACAGAUUCACUGGAUGGUUUCAGGUCCUGAGUAGAGAGAGUCUGACUGGACGUUGUUACUGGGAGGUGGAGUGGAGAGGGGGAGAAGUUUAUGUAGCAGUCGCAUACAAGAAUAUCAGCAGAGCAGGGAGCCUCAAUAAAUGUUUAUUUGGAAACAAUGACAAAUCUUGGUCAUUAUAUUGCUGCACUUCCAAUUUUCAAUUUCUGCACAACAAUGUCCACACUGUCCUCUCAGGUCCUCGGUCCUCCAGAGUAGGAGUGUACCUGGAUCACAGAGCAGGUAUUCUGUCUUUCUACAGCGUCUCUGAAACCAUGACUCUCCUCCACAGAGUCCAGACCACAUUCACUCAGCCGCUCUAUGCUGGACUUUAUCUUUAUGGACAUGGAGUCACUGCAGAAUUGAUUAAGAUCAAAUAGACAGAGAAGAUAGGUUCAUGUUGAUCCCUGACCAUUAUAUGUGCUUGCAGGAACAACAAUUAAGCCUGCAGUGUGAGA